AUGGCUGCAAAUUUUCUGAUCGUGCCUGGUGCCGUUUGCCGGCAGACUAUGAGCGCGGCGGCCAGCGGUGUCUGCCGCCUCCUCGUGGUGCUGGCCAUGGUGCUGGUGGGAGGGGGCGAGGCCCGCAGGCGGCGGCCGUGCCCCAGCCUCACCGCCGCAGACCUGGACGCCCGAGAGCUGCUGUUGCAGUACGCCGAGUGGCGCCACUGGAGGGAGCUCGUCAUAUUCGCUUCCGAUCAAUUGCAGUUCAACAGCUAUGUAUCGUGGUUGGUGCUGCGCCGAGCGCAGCCGAAUGCCACCCAGCCACUGGUAGAGCGCUUCAGGUACCUCAACUUGGCGCUGGACAGCGACGUCGUGUUGGCUGAACUCCACACACCAGAGACAGCAACACGCAGGCCCGCAGCUUGGGCGCAGCUGCUGCAGGUGUACAAGAUCCGGCCGGCGCUCAACUCGUCCCUGGUGGUGGUACCCCUGGGCCGCUGGGACCGCGCCAACGGCACCGCCGCGCUCGCCAGCCCCAGGGCACUGGAGGCCAGGGGAGAUCUGCAGGAGGCGGUGGGCGGCGCGGGCGGCGUCAAGGACCUCAAGACGGCCAGCGUCGACGACGACUCGGACGACGCCCGCAACCUCAUCGACGUCAUGGAGUUCGUCGCGCGCUCACUCAACGCCAGCUACGAGCUGGUGGCGUUCCCGAUGCUGGGCUGGCGCAACAGCGAGGGCGCCUGGCUGCACCUGCUGGGCGCCGUGACGCGGGGCGCCGUCGACGUCGGGCUCGACAACGUCGUCAUCACCAAGGAGCGCGCGCGCGACAUGUUCUUCUCCUUCCCGCUCGUCGAGUCCAUGAAGAACAUCUACUUCCGGCGGCCGGAGGGCGGCGCGCUGCGCGACAUCUUCCUGGCGCCAUUCAGCCCGCGGCUGCUGGCGUGCGUGGCCGCCACUGGCGCGCUACUGGCGCUAGCAGCCGCUGCCGCCACUGCCGCUGGCGUGGGCGCCGGCCUCGCGGACCGCCGCUGGGGCGCGGGGGAGGCUUUCGUCUGGAGCAUCAGCGUCCUCUGCAUGCAAGGCAGCACGUGGAACCCGCGGAGGGCGUCCGGCAGCCUGGUGCUGAUGUUCGGGCUGGUGUUCGCGCUGGUCAUGUACAACGCGUACGCCGCCUUCAUCACGUCCGUGCUGUCCGUCAGGGUGGCCUCCAUCCGCGGCCUCGACGACCUGCUGCAGAGCGACUUCCAGUUCGGCUACACGCUGGCCGGACAGGGCGAGAUGUUCCUCAGGACGGCGAACGACUCGCACCUGCGGCGGCUGUACCUGCGCGGGCUGGUGGGCAACACGGGCGUGCACGACGCGGCGGAGGGCCUGCGGCGCGCCGUGCGCGGCGGCUACGCCUUCUUCGUGAGCUCGCGGCUGGCGCGGCGCGCGCUCGCCUUCACCGUGGAGCUGCAGCGCCGCUGCGACGUGCGAGAGCUGCCCGUCGAGGCCACCCGCUCCUCCGUCGCGCUGCCCAUGAGCCGCACCUCGCCCUUCCGCCGCCUGCUCAACCUCAGCCUGCUGCGCAUGCGCGAGGCGGGCGCGCUGGCGCGUGCGCGCGAGGCGCUGCUGCCGCCGCUGCCGCGCUGCCACGACGAGUCGGCCUUCAACUCGGCGCGGCUGGCCGACGUCUACUCGGCCUUCCUGCUGCUCGGCUCGGGACUGAUGGGCGCCGCGGCGCUCGCCGUCGCGGAGUUCGUCUGGAAGCGGCGCCGCCUCCUGCGCAGGCUGCGGCACACCCUCUGCGGCGACGCCGACGGCGACGCUGCGGAAAUGUUGCGUCCCGUGGCGGCUGCGGUCGGCGCCCUCCCCACGGGGAGCAGGUGUCCGGCCAUGGCGCUGCCCCGCCCCUCCGUGCAGUGGCUCGGUUAA